CAAAGCACUGCGCUUGGUCCUUCUCUACAUUACAGGCGUUGGUAAUUAAAGUGAGUGAACAGUAGAUGAAGCAGUGGAGGAGGAGGUGAGGUGCCCCCCUCUCGGCAAUUAUUGCCACCUUUGGAGUUUGGAGUCCUCCAAUAGGAGUCUCCUCCUGUGUUGUCUGCAAGGACGCUAUCUUUCUCUCUCCCUCUUCCUUCCUUCUCUUCCCCUCUCUGCCCAUCUGCUCUCUCCUCCAGCUCUGCUCUCUCAGCCUUUUCGAGGUUGGUGCUCUUCUUCACUCUUCACACACCGCUUCUCAUCAUCGCUUUAAAGCCUAAAACCACUGCAGCGAGCUACUCUGUUCUGGUGGGUGUCGUGGUGGGUUUGGUCCGGUUCCUUGGAUUCUUAAUUGCAUCCUGUUGCUCGCUCCUGUGAUCUCUCUCUCCGUUCUGAUAGCUAGCUACAUCUCACUCCUUUUUCACUGUCCUGCUUAAGCUUUUGCUUGCAAUCAACUCUUCUUUCUGGGGUGUCUGUACUUGAUCUCUUCCUUCUGCUUCUUCUUCGCUGAGUAGAGAGAUCAGGAAAGGUUGAGCCGUUGUUGUCUCAGGCGACGGCUACGCGCUGCAAGGAAGCCUUUUUAAGCCACACCAUUCUCGCUGAUCACCACAAGCUUAGCUCCCCAGCAGCAAGCAAGAAAGCAAGAAAUCUACCAUGGAUUGGGAGGCCAAGAUGCCUUCAUGGGACCUGGGCACGGUGGUGGGGCCAAGCGGCGGCGGGGGCGGGGGGCUGGACCUAAAGCUCGGGGGCCCGACGAGCUGGAGGCCGGUCCCGGCGGCGACAGCGGCGCCGGUGGCGCCGUCGUCUUCUCCGACGCCGGCGAAGCGGGCGCGGGCGGGGGCGCCGGCGCCGGCGUGCUCGGUGGAGGGCUGCGCCGCCGACCUGUCGCGGUGCCGCGAGUACCACCGGCGGCACAAGGUGUGCGAGGCGCACUCCAAGACCCCCGUCGUCUCCGUCGCCGGCCAGCAGCAGCGCUUCUGCCAGCAGUGCAGCAGGUUCCAUCUGCUCGUUGAGUUCGACGAGGUGAAGAGGAGCUGCAGGAAGCGGCUCGACGGCCACAACAGGCGCCGGAGGAAGCAGCAGCCGGACCCCCUCGGCCCUGCCGGCCUCUUCGCUAAUCACCACGGAGGAGGAACAAGAUUUGUGUCGUACCCGCAAAUCUUCUCCACGACGACAUCCAUGGCGCCGGAGCACAAGUGGCCUGGCAGCAUCGCCGUCAAGACGGAAGCCGACGCGUUCCAGGUCGAGCAGUACUACUCGUCACUCCAACUCAACGGUGCCGCCAACGCCGCCGCCUCGCUCUUCCAUGGCAAGGAGAGAUCGAAGCGCUUCCCCUUCCUGUCCGAUCACCAUGGCGACACGGGAUUCCAGCAGCAGCCAUUUACCAUCACACCUUCCUCAGAGAGCAGCAGCAACAGCAGCAGCAGGCACAGCAACGGCAACAAGAUGUUUGCCACCAACGACGGGGGCCCGGAUCACAACUGUGCUCUCUCUCUUCUGUCAGACAGCCCGACGACACAGGCGGCGCACACCAUGAUCACCGCAGCGGCGCAGCACCUCGGUGGCGCAAGGAUACAUUACAACGUUGGAGGCGAUGGUGGCGGCGGUGUCUCGCUCACUGGGCUGUCUUACGCCAGUGCCAUCAUGGGAGACAACAAGGGCAGCGCACAGGCCGCCAUGGCCUCAUCUACCAGGCACGCUGGAGCCGUUACUACAGCCCCCUCUGUUGCUGCCCAGCUACAGCAAUACCAUGGCUACUACCAGCACCAGGUGAAUGGUGAUCAGGGGAACUCAGCUGAUGCUGGUGCCUCCAUGCAGGCCCUCCCUUUCUCAUCAUGGUAGAGAGGCUCGAUCCUGAACACUGCUAGCAAUAUACUAUUUGCACGGCGUAACACUUUCGUCACUGAUCAGAUGAUCAGAUCCUUCUGUAGUUCUGCUCCCUCAUCAAAUAUGUCUCUGAUAAUAGUAGCCCUGAAUGGUUGAUCGAUGAGUAUGAAAACAUCACCAAGAUAUGUUCGUUUUCCAAUACUUGUCUUGAUACUUCUAACUUGGAAGAAAAUGCCCCUACUUAUGAUUCAGAAUUGGAUUGAGAUUCUACU